AGCACAUUGAGGUCACACAAAAUUAGAUACAAAAUUUAAAAAACGACUUAAAAUUUUUUCAUUUUGAACUCCAAAUUCGAGAACCAUGUUCAUACCCAAAAUACGAGACAUUGGUUACUUUGCGCUGCUGACAUCCCUGCACUUGGGCUCAAAUCUUCAGCCGGUCAUCGAGGCGAAUGCCAAUCUAAAAACGGUCUAUCCCUCCGUGAAUCGUAAUCUAACGCUUCAAUUGGGCUAUAAAUACAAUCACUGGAUGCUGGUUAAGGCCAUAAUGUAUUCACUACUAUCUAUGAUCGGAGUUUGGUACUCACGACACUUGCAAAGUGGCAAAAGUGAGGUAUCGAUGGAAAAGAAAGGAAUCCUUAAAACUACGACAACAGCUGCAGAGCAAGUGAAAAACAAUUGGAUCAAAAAACAGAAUUCCGCAUUGAAAAACGGAACCCUGCCGCGGAAUAUAUUCCUGUUAUUUGCUUUGCCCUGGAUAUUGACCUUUGUGGCCAGCGGAUUGAUCAACUAUAUUCGAUUUUACAUGGUCAUACAGCAUUUUUGCAUAUCUAACUGGAGGGCGAUUCAGCUUUAUGGAGAACUGCAAGGCCUCUUUUGGCAUCGUUCUACAUCCGUGACUUUAAUACCCUAUUGGUCGCAAAUUAUCGGCGGAGGAGUAUCCUUGGAGAAGGCAUCUCAUCUUUCUGGAAAUUGUAUUUCCAUUGAAACACAUCUUUUGGACUGAACAUGGCAAUCUAUAUUUAAAAUUUUUAUUUUAUGUUUGAUGCAAAAAUUAUAAUAAUGGAAAAUAAAUCGAUUUUGUUGACUUAGCUCU